GACCCCUGGUAGGCUGGUACCCCUGGCACUGGCACCUCAAGCAAGAGGGAUUGGGGAAACACUGAGCCGACCUCUUUACUCAGAAGUCACGCGCGGACACAAACACAAACAAGCACUAGUACACAGAAUCACAGAUGGUCGCGAGCUGCAACGAACAAGUGGAGUUUGCUGAAGAUGAUGAUGGAGGGAGGAGGAAGGCGUGGGAGAAGGUCGAGAAGGUUACAAACUCUUUUGCCCGUGCGCGCAACACAUCGUCUUCGCAACACCAUCUCUUUCUGGUACUGCGACUUGAAGAUCACUGCCUUGAACGAGCCUCUCUUUUAUUUUGGUCGUAAAUAUGCAAGGUGCUUACGAGGUUGGUUUUCGAUGGGGAUUGGUUUUAGCCUGAUGGCAUUACUGGCAGUUUCUCUGAUUGUACUAUGGGAAUUGGCCAGAACUUUGAAUCUCUACCGUGGAAACAUUGAGCUUAAGAAUUUCUGGAAUGAACUCCUAUUUGGUUUAUCCCCUUGGGUUUCUGGUUUGGGAAUGUCACUCAUGGAUGCAGUCUAUUUGAUAAUCUCGACUUUGAUAUCUGUGGUUGUUCAUGAAUUUGGCCAUGCAAUAGCUGCUGCAAGUGAGGGCGUGAAGAUCGAAUACAUUGCCUUAUUUCUUGCAGUUCUGUUUCCUGGAGCUCUGAUUGCUUUCAACUAUGAAUGGCUUCAGAGUUUGCCUCCCUUUGCUGCACUUCGCAUAUAUUGUGCUGGUAUUUGGCAUAAUGCAGUGUGUUGUGCAGUUUGUGGAUUGGCAAUGUUCCUCCUACCUUUGAUAUUGUAUCCUCUUUAUAUACAUGGCAAAAGUCCCAUGGUUUUGGGCUUGUCCUCCGCAUCACCUUUGUCUGGUUUUCUAUCACCCGGUGAUCUCAUUGUGUCAUUGGAUGGCUUGGGUAUCCAUGACCCUGAAGAAUGGAUGGAAAGGAUUGCUUUAAUCCACAAGGAUUCAUUUCUAAACUCAAAUUACUCCAAAGAUUCUAGAAGCUUACCAGUGCAUGGUCGCAGAAAGGGAUAUUGUGUCGCUGGUUCUUUGUUGGAAGACGUCAACAAUAUUCUACUAAAAGAUGACCAAUUUGAUUGCCCCAAUGAACUUGCUGCAUUUGUUAAUGUUCCCUGCUUUAAUUCAAGCUUUUUAGAUGAUGGAAGCAGUGGAAAUAGUCUCCAUCAUGAACGAGAGAGUAGGCACUGCUUGACUGCCAAGGAUGUUGUGAAACUUGAAAAAUGUGGGGAUGGAUGGCCAGCAAUUGAGACCGGAACAAGCAGUUGUGAUUGUUCUCAGAAUGAGUCCUGCUUGAUGCCCAGUCAGAUGUCAGGUAUGACAUGGGUUGAGAUAACAUAUUCAAGCCCUUAUUCUCCCGAGUGCUUGCAGCAAGGAGGAAAUUCUUCAGCAAAUCAUGGAGGUCCUGAAUCUUCAGCAAGUAAUUGUGGUGGGACUUUUGUUUUUGUUGGAGAUGUGCUCUCCAUGGGACAUUCUGUUCAGUUAACUGCGUACCAAUUUCGUUGGGGAUUCAUCUUAGGCGCAUAUCUUCCACAAAUGCUGGAGAAGAUACUUGCCUGCACAUUCAAUGUCUCUCUAGCUAUUGCUCUUCUCAACAGCCUGCCGGUGUUUGCUUUGGAUGGUGAAUCUAUUUUGGAGGUGACUCUUUUCUUCGUCACUUUCUUGGGCCCAAGGAGAAGGGGAAGAGUUUUGCAAGUAUGCCUCUGGGUAGGCACCCUUUUAUCCAUCCUUGCCAUCUCAAGGAUACUCUUUUCCAUCCCUUUUUAGGUCAAAGGCCUUUGUGUUGGAAUUGGGAGGUACACUCGUGUCAUCGUGGAGAAUCUGAGUCUCUAUUACUAAUGUCUAUUCCGGAGUCUACAGUUAAUUGUGCCUUGAUUUUUAUGAGCAUGGGGUUCCCUCUCAAGGGACUUUGAUGGCAUCCCAAUAGCUGAUGCGGUGGGGGCUGCACUGCGCGUUCUAUAUUUUGAUCGCGGUAUUGGAUGCUAUGGCAAUUUAUUUCAUUGUAAAAUUUUCCCCGCAAAUGGUAUUUACAUGAAAAUUUUCCUCCAUGUACAAUUUUCCCAUAUUUUCCUUAUCCACUUUUUCACACGAAACAAACUGAGAAAUGAAACUGAAGUCUGAGCAUUUUCCUUCGUAA